CGAGUGAAUAGUGAUAUACAGUGUGAUCCUUGUAACUUAGUAGUCGUCUUGGUCAUCAUCAUCACCCUCUCUCUUUCUCUCUCUCCAAACUUCCCACCACUAUCUUUUCUUUCUUUCUCGCCGUCGCUCUGAAGAAAUCCUUCCUUCUUCCACAAGUCACUUCUUUCUCUCUCCUCCUCCUGAUAUCCUCUCAUAGAACCAUGCUUGCCAGUUCAAACAUGACAUCAUGGGGAGUAUCUUCAGAUAGCUUGGAGAGAAGUGCUGCAAAUGUGCCCAACUCUAAUAGUAAUGUGGCACAACCAUCUGGCAGCCCCCCAAGCCGAAUUUCCUCCCCAGGUCCUGUUGCUAUUUUGUGGGAUAUAGAGAACUGCCCUGUCCCUAGUGAUGUCCGUCCUGAAGAUGUUGCUGGGAACAUCAGAAUGGCAUUACAAGUCCAUCCUGUAAUUCAAGGUGCUGUUACAUUGUUUUCUGCAUAUGGGGACUUUAAUGCAUUUCCCAGGAGAGUUAGAGAAGGGUGCCAGAGGACAGGAGUUAAACUUGUGGAUGUUCCGAAUGGGAGAAAAGAUGCCGCUGAUAAGGCUAUUUUGGUUGACAUGUUUCUUUUUGCCCUUGACAAUUCCCCACCUUCUUCCAUCAUGCUGAUCUCGGGGGAUGUGGACUUUGCUCCUGCUCUGCACAUUCUUGGUCAACGUGGGUAUACUGUGAUCCUUGUUAUUCCUUCAGGAGUGGGUGUUUCAUCUGCCUUGUGUAAUGCUGGUAGGUUUGUCUGGGAUUGGCCUAGUGUUGCACGUGGAGAGGGUUAUGUGCCUCCGAAUUUGGACCCUCGUGGGGGAUAUGAUAAUGCUGGGUUUUUGACGGGUUUCCAUAUAAGUGAGAAUAUUGAUGGAAAUGACGAAGAAGCAAUUGUCUAUCGAGGACUUUCACAAAGCUAUUACAACUCAAGGGAUUUUACAAUAGUGUCUCAGUCUUUAUCUGAGUAUAACACUUGCACUUCAGCUGGUUUGCCUGGCUUUACCACGUCACUAAGAGCCAAUUCUCUGUCUUCUGGUUUGAAUGAUGUUUCAGGCCCUACAACAGGUUCUAUUGCUGUAAUUGACCAAAAUAGUUCAAAUCGGUGGGUACAAGUACAACCUGGCGAUGUUAACACUUUGAAGGCACAAUUAGUAAAACUGCUUGAAUUUUCUGGUGGAUGUAUACCCCUGGUUCGUAUUCCUGCAGAAUACCAAAAGGUGUUUGGUCGGCCUCUUUACAUUGCAGAGUAUGGAGCGUGCAAGCUUGUGAAUCUCCUCAAGAAAAUGUCAGAUGUGAUUACUGUAGAGGGGAAGGGUCAGAAGAAGUUUGUGUACCUUCAGAGUGCGAGGGCAGGCCUUUGUGCUCCUUCGCUUGCACCAAAGAGUAAUAAGAAAGGGAAAGAAGUUCAGGAAGAGAAUAUGGAAGCUAAUGCUAUUUGUGGCUCAUCUGAUGAGUUCUCUGACGAUGAAAGAGUGGUUGUAGAAGAUCAAGAGCAAAGAGGUGCUGCAGACAAUUCAACUUUGAGUACAGCAGUACUAUUUGCACUAGAAGACCAGAACUUGUUACAGUUUAAGCAUGAGCUGGAGGAGAUAUUAGUGAGUUAUUCAUGCGGGAUAUUUUUGAGUUAUUUUGAAAAUAUAUACCAGCAAAGGUACAAGAAGCCUUUAGACUACCGAAAGUUUGGGGUAAAUGUGCUGGAGGAAUUGUUCGAGAAGCUGACAGAUGUUGUGCUUUUGCACGAGGAUCCAGUGACUAAAAAGAAAUUCCUGGCUCCUGCUUUUGGUUAAAGGCUUUUAGCAGCCUUGAGUUUUAUUUUGCACCUUGGAUAAGAGAAUCUGUGCCUGUGCUUUGAUGCGGGUCAUCCAUGUGCCUUUUGAAUUUGGGAAGAAAUUGGUUUCACAUGUUAAUUUUAUUCUGCAUGUGCCCUACAUGUUGCAAAGGUUACGACGAGGUUUUUUUUAGUUCAGAGUAACUGGUCAACAUGUUGAUAAGUUGAUUGAAAUAAGCUUGUGUAUAUUGUUGUGGCAUUCUAGUGGCAAAUUUUACUUAUGAUCUAUUAAGCGAUGAAGGUGGUUGACUGUGAUGCAAAAUAUGUUGAAAACAUAAGGGAACAAAAAUGUAUUGACGCCUUGACGGCGCACUUUUCUUUUAUCAUAUCUUAUAGCUGUGUCUUCGAAAGUGCAUUUAUCAUUCUAAAUGAUUCAGAUUUGCACCAAAGCAUUAUUAAAUCCUGCAAAAGUGUUAGGUGGCACUUUAUCGUGGAGCCUGCGGUGUUCGUGCCUUCCACUUUGAUUGUUAGGAUACAUUCUUUCCAUCAAGUAAUUGUGAUUUUUCAGUUCUGUUUAAUCUUGCCUGCCUUUGCCCUUUGCCUCAGCUCUUUGACUGGCUUUGAUUCAAUUUGAAGGAAUCUGCAGGUGCCACAACUGUUGUUUCAAAUUCAUUUCAGUGUUCGUUUUUCUGCUUUAUCCUUCUAAACUGCUGGAGAGGAGAGUCCUUGAUAGACCUUGUCUGGUGAUUGAUGCAUAACCCUUUUUAUUCUCUGUAUCUGUUGCUGGGUUUCUGGAACAUGGUAGUCUGAUUUGGUUGGUGCAUAAGCGCCAUGAAACUACAGAUUUGAGAAUCUUCAUGAUGCAUGAUUGUGGAAAUUGACAGAUAUGAUUCUGUAGCAACUCGAUAUUUGCUGUUGAACUACUUUCACGGUGCCUAAUUAGAAAUCCUCGGCACUAAGUUUAUUUAUAAGUUAUUUCCUCCGUUUGUAUUUAGUUGCAAGUUUGCAACCCUUCUAUUUUUUUUUUGACAAGUGCAACACUUCUAUUUCGGCACUAUACUCUCUUUUUUUUUUUUUUUUUCUUUUCGGGAGAGCGGGUGGGGACUAGGUCCCUUUUCUGGCCUUUUACACUAAACUGGAUUGCUGAUAUACAAAUAUUAAGGUAAAGUGUACCAAACAGUCACGUAGUAUCUUCUUAGGGCUUUUAAAGGUAAAUAGUCAAAGUAUUAACGUCUUAUCAUUUUA